GGGAGAUAGGAAUUGAAGAGCUUUACAAACAGUAUAAAGAGCUCCGAUUGGUCCAUCUACAUGCAUAUCAGGGUCUCGAGAGCGGAAAACAAACUCAAAGAAUGAUGGAUGGCUUCAGAAGUAGGGUGACCAAACUAACAGAUAACAGAGUACAAGUGAUCACAGGUUUCCAUAAAAGGAGACGGGUUAUCCACACACGAGACGACGAUGAGUUGCACCAUUCUACCAUUAUCAGUGACGCUGCAGACGAAAAGCAGUACAAGUGGCUUACUAGCAUCGAGGAGUUCCGGGAUGCGAUGCUCAGGAUGCACGAGGCUUUGAAGGUGAAACAGCCCCAGAAAAUCAAAGUCACCCCCAUAGAUGACGGGCUAGACUACAGCGAUUUCGAAAUGGGUUCACACACCAAAGUGCGAGGAAUCAGCUACUAUCUACCCAGCGGGCCCCGUGGGAAGACCGAACACCCAUGGCACUAAUCAACCCACGCUCAUGGAACGGCAAUGGCCAAUAUGAUUCUGCGUAUCCACCCCUGGAUCCAUCUGCUCGUCCUUGGGAUCGAGGAUGGCAUCUCGUACGCGAAGCCAAACACUCCUUCGCGGACCAUCAAUCCG